AUGACUGGGUUUUGGGAAAGUUGGGUGUUGACUGAAUUCAAAGUCAACUUCAAAAAAUCCAAUCGUUAUUUCUUUGUCUUUUUCUGUUUAAUAGGUAUUAUUGGAAAGUGGCAUCUAGGGCUGCACCUAUCAUCAAACUCAGAUUUCCACUUCCACCCUUUGAAGCAAGGUUUCCAUUAUUUUUAUGGUCUGCCUCUCACUAACUUAAGAACUUGUGAGUCUGGUCAGUAUCUUAUAAACCUUGUUUAUCCUGGGUUGAAUCCAAAGAACAUUCUUGCUUCUGCGAGUGUUAUUGUAGCAACACUAUAUAUUUUCUACCUGACUGGUCUACUAGAUAAGUCUGUUUUUAUUUUCAAUGCAACAAUAAGUCUUCUCAUCUGUUUUGCAAUAACUGGCUGGUUAACAAUACCUCAAAGACUGAACUGCUUUGUACUGAAAAACUAUGAAGUUGUGGAGCAACCAACCAUUUUGGAAAACUUAACAAUUAGGUUUACAGAUGAAGCAGUCAACUUUAUCCGUGCAAACAAAGAAAGCCCCUUCUUAUUGUACAUGUCAUUUGCCAAGGUACACACUGCUUUGUUCAAUACACGGCCAUUCACAGAUCACAGUGAUCAUGGUCGCUAUGGUGAUAAUGUGGAGGAAAUGGAUUGGAGUGUAGGUCAGAUCAUGGCUGUGGUUCAAGAACUGGGUUUGAAGGAAAACACAUUUGUUUACUUUACAUCUGACAAUGGUCCUCAUCUGGAAGAAAUCAGUGACACAGGUGAAUAUCAUGGCGGCUGGCAUGGUAUCUACAAAGGAGGCAAAGGGCAGUGCUGGGAUGGUGGUGUUAGGAUGCCCACUGUACUAUCAUGGCCUGGUCAUAUCCCAGCUGGGAUCUCACUUGACAAGCUCACCAGUAGCAUGGACUUAUUACCCACAAUUGCCAAGCUAACUGGUGCAGACCUUCCAGAGGACAGAGUCAUCGAUGGAAAAGACCUCUUACCUCUUCUGACCAACAUGAGACAGGAGUCUUCUCAUGAUUUUAUUUUCCAUUAUUGUGGAAAUCAGGUCCAUGCUGUGCGUUAUCAUCCAAAAAACACUGACGCUGUCUGGAAGGCUCAUUUUAUGACACCAAAAUGGAAUGAGGGAACUGACAGCUGCAUCGGAAAAGGCGUAUGUGGUUGCCAUGGAGAUGAAGUUAACAUGCAUGAUCCUCCUCUUCUUUACAACAUGACAGAUGACCCUGCAGAGAGCUCUCCUAUUCCUGUUAACAUGCCCAAGUACAAAGAACUGAUGAAAGAUAUUUACCCAGCUCUCAAAAAACACAAAGAGAGUGUUGAAAGUGUCCCUACCCAGCUUGGAAGGAUGCAGAAUUUUGUUCAUCCCAUGUUGCAGAUGUGUUGUAAUUUUCCCUACUGCACUUGUACGGAAACUGGUAGAGAACUUGAGCAUUAUCCUAAAGAUGUUUGAGAAAGUCACUGACCAAUGUGUAAGAAACUUAAGUACCCACACAUAAAAGCAAUGACUGGGUUUUGGGGUUUGCAUCAUGGAGGCAAUUUGACCUUACAGUCUCAUCGCAUCAAGUCUUGUUUUCCCCUACAAAGAUAGGAUCAACCGUUCCCAAAUGUCAAAAGUUUUAUAUAUACGAGUGUCUCAAUGAGGUAGUGGCUUUUACGGCUAUCGGUUACAUUUUAAGCAUUUUUACGCCUGACGGUUCAAUUUUUGGCCCUUUUACAGCCAACGCUUAUUUUUUUCCCCGUUACGAUUAACUGAAAUUUCAAUAACUAAUUGCCAUUGUUUUACAUUAUAAUAUAAUAAUUAACUGGCAUAUAAUAGUUAAUUUCCAUUGGUGUGAAGCAUGGCAAAAUCAUGAAAAGUACAGGGAACAUUCUCGGUUGACAAAAAAUGAAAUUUAUGUGGUCCACAAAUACAUAACAGUCCUGUACUGCGGGACUUAGAAAUUUGGAACUUUUAAUUUCUAAGAAGUAAAACAAGGAAUAAUGUUUGCCUGUGUGUGGUUAGGUGUUAUAAACAUGAACUGUUCUUGUUGUUCUGUUGAAGUAAUGAUUGUCAUGCUUCUUUUUACAUUUGUGAUGAGGCUUACCGUUUUACGCCCUCUUAAACAUCAUAACGUGUCCACGCCUUGACCUGCCUCCCUGAGCUCAUUAUCACCGCUCUACUAGUAGUAAUCAUAGAUUAAAGAGUGCGUUCGAGUAUUGGUAGGUUUGGUAUGUUAAAAAAGCAUAACUUCUAGGAACAGCAUUUGUGCCUGAGCUGUUAGGUAGACGUGAAAUUGGCCUUCCCUCCAGUAAGGGCGAAAACAAAUGAAUUGAUCGCAGAACACGUUGUUUCGUUGAUGAAAUAGGCGUUGCCUCUUAAUUGACAGAUUUAUUUGUUGACAAGAAUCGUGAUUUACAUAAAUUAUAUACAUUGAUUUAAAGGCGUUAGGUUAUUGUGUUUCAAACCAGUUUUUCAGUAGAAUCGAAGUGAGAAAGAAGUUAUUUAGUCUGUCUGUUAAACCCGCUUACCUGGAGAAUCUGUUUGGUAAACCCGCUCACCUAGAGAAUCUGUUAAAGACUCAGUCCUAACCCGUAAAGUGCGACUGUUGUAACUACCUGCCACAGAAGUAAGUUAAAAUUCAAGUUUUGUGAAUUUAGCUUCGAGAUAAAGAUUUAUUUGUGUUUGUUCUAAUUGCGAAUUAUAAAUGUAUUUCUUUUAGAUCGAAUAAUUAUUAAACCGUGGCUUGAUAUUAUGCUGUUUGUGGUGGUCUUUUGAGCUAGCCAGGUCCAUGUGCAACACACGUAUAUCUGAGCACAGGUGGCCCAAGCUCUCAAUGUUAUACUUUCUCUUUUCACUUUUAUGUGAAUGUUCAGCGUA